AUGGACAAGGUGACGAACGUCCGUAACAUGUCCGUCAUUGCCCACGUCGAUCAUGGUAAAUCCACCUUGACCGAUUCCCUCGUCUCCAUGGCCGGUAUUAUCUCCGCGGCCCGUGCCGGUGAGGCUCGCUUCACAGACACCCGUCAGGACGAACAGGACCGUGGUAUCACCAUCAAGUCCACCGCCAUCUCCCUGUACUUCGAGAUGACCGAGGACGACCUCCGCGACGUCAAGCAGAAGACCGAUGGAACGAGCUUCUUGAUCAACCUGAUCGAUUCCCCCGGACACGUCGACUUCUCGUCCGAGGUUACUGCCGCUCUCCGUGUUACCGAUGGUGCCUUGGUCGUCGUCGACUGCAUUGACGGAGUCUGUGUCCAGACCGAGACCGUCUUGCGUCAAGCUCUGGGCGAGCGUAUCAAGCCCGUCGUCGUCAUCAACAAGGUCGAUCGUGCCCUUCUCGAGUUGCAAGUCACCAAGGAGGAUCUCUACCAGUCCUUCUCCCGUACCAUCGAGUCCGUCAACGUCAUCAUCGCCACCUACAACGACAAGGUCCUCGGUGAUGUCAUGGUCUACCCCGAGCAGGGAACCGUCGCCUUUGCCUCUGGUCUCCACGGCUGGGCUUUCACCAUUCGCCAGUUUGCCCAGCGCUACUCCAAGAAGUUUGGUGUUGACCGCCAAAAGAUGAUGACCAAGCUCUGGGGCGAGAACUACUUCAACCCCGCCACUAAGAAGUGGACUAACAAGGGCACCGAUGCCGAGGGCAAGCCCCUCGAGCGUGCCUUCAACAUGUUUGUCCUGGACCCCAUCUUCAAGCUCUUUGACACCACCAUGAACAAGAAGAAGGAGGACGUCCUCGGCCUUCUCGAGAAGCUCGAAAUCACCCUCAAGAGUGAGGAGAAGGACUUCGAAGGCAAGCUUCUCCUCAAGACCAUCAUGAAGAAGUUCUUACCUGCCGGUGAGGCCCUCAUGGAGAUGCUUGUCAUUCACUUGCCCUCACCCGUCACCGCCCAAAAGUACCGUGUCGCGAACUUGUACGAGGGUCCCCUCGAUGACGAGUGCGCCAAGGGUAUCGAAACCUGCGACCCCAAUGCUCCCCUCAUGUUGUACAUCUCCAAGAUGGUCCCCACCUCUGACAAAGGUCGCUUCUAUGCUUUCGGUCGUGUCUUCUCUGGUACCGUCCGCGCCGGUCUCAAGGUCCGCAUCCAAGGCCCCAACUACCUCCCCGGCGGCAAGACCGACUUGUUCGUCAAGUCUGUUCAGCGUAUCGUCUUGAUGAUGGGUCGUUAUGUCGAGCCUAUUGAGGACUGCCCCGCCGGUAACAUUGUCGGUUUGAUCGGUGUCGAUCAGUUCUUGCUCAAGUCUGGAACCAUCACCACAUCGGAGACCGCCCACAACCUGAGGGUCAUGAAGUUCUCUGUCUCACCCGUCGUGCAGGUCGCCGUCGAGUGCAAGAACGCCGCCGAUCUUCCAAAGUUGGUUGAGGGUCUCAAGCGUCUGUCAAAGUCUGAUCCUUGCGUCCUCUGCUUCACCUCGGACACGGGAGAGCACAUUGUUGCCGGUUCGGGAGAACUCCAUCUCGAGAUUUGCUUGAAAGAUCUCGAGGAGGAUCACGCCCAGAUUCCACUCCGCAAGUCCGACCCCGUCGUCCAGUACAAGGAGACCGUCAAGGCCGAAUCGACUGUCACUGCUUUGGCAAAGUCGCCCAACAAACACAACCGUAUCUUUGUCCGUGCAGUACCCUUGAGUGACGAGGUCACUGUUGCUAUCGAGUCCGGCAAGAUUGCGCCUCGUGAUGAGCUCAAGGCUCGUGCCCGUCUCCUUUCGGAUGACUUUGGCUGGGAGAACCAGGAGGCUCGUAAGAUCUGGGCUUUCGGACCCGACGGUACUGGACCCAACUUGCUUGUCGACAUGACUAAGGCCGUUGCCUACCUGAGCGAAAUCAAGGACUCUUGUGUUGCUGCCUUUAAUUGGGCUACUCGCGAGGGAGUCUUUGCCGAUGAGCAGAUGCGUGGAACCCGUAUCAACAUUCUGGAUGUCGUGCUUCACGCUGAUGCUAUCCACCGUGGAGGUGGGCAGAUCAUCCCCGCCUGCCGAAGCGCCAUCUAUGCCUCGGUGAUCCUUGCCGAACCCGGACUGAUGGAACCCGUCUACAUGGUCGAGAUUACGUGUCCCGAGCAAGCCAUGGGAGGUAUCUAUGGUGUCCUGAACAAGCGUCGUGGCCACGUCAUUGGUGAGGAGCAACGUGCCGGAACACCCCUGUACAUUGUCAAGGCCUACCUGCCCAUCGCCGAAUCGUUCGGUUUCACUGCCGAUCUUCGUCAGGCCACCGGUGGUCAGGCCUUCCCCCAGUCUGUGUUUGAUCACUGGGAGAUGUUGAACGGAGUUGCGAAUGUGGAUCCAAAGCUCGAGGCCUUGAUCCUCUCCAUCCGCAAGCGUAAGGGUCUCAAGGUGGAAAUGCCCAAGUUGGAGAACUUCAUGGACCGACUCUAA